UUGAUGAUCUCCUAGCUGCCGGCUGCCUCUCACCCUUCACUGCAGUGGCUCUGUGCAUCAUCUCCAGUGGAGGAGCAUCAGCUGAGAGGUCCCCAGUACUCUGGCAAGCUGCACAGGGAAAGGUAUCUGGAGUGUCUCGGUCGAUGGGAGAAACGCACAGAGCCAAGUCCAGUCUCCUGACUGAAACCUCAAGGAGCUGGGGCGGAACCGGAGCUGGGCACCUGAGCUCUGGCCACCAGGGACUCCAGGAUCCAUUUUAAUGGAGGGGCGAGGACCUGAGCUGGGCGGAGGCAGCCCUUCAGAGGGUCAUGCUGGAAGCCAGUUCAGCAGCAGGGGCGAAGGAAUGAGCAGGGCCAGGCUGGAUUCCUCUCUGCUCACCUAGCCUGGCUCUCUUCCCUUCUGCCCCUGACCAGGGCCUACUGGCAGGAUGCUGGGGCUCGCUGCGCAGGUGGAAAGCACAGGGUCAAUCCUAUGGUGCAAGCCAGGCAGUGCGUUGCUGUUUCCCCAUUUAGGGAUGCUUGACUGAUCAGCAGAUUCCUGAGCUGGUGCCCUCCUCCCCAGGUGCUGCUUUCAGCAGAUCCAUUAACCACUACUUCACCUGUGGGAGAGCUUUCCAUCCGAGCAAUUCCGUGUUUAGGAAUCAAAAUUUAGGGUGCUAAGCUUUGCUGGGGAAAAGCGAGCAGCAAGAUGAGAUCCCAAGAGGGCUGAAAACAGGUGGGAGACCCUUAGCCAGCGCACAGCCCCAUCUGCAAUCCCAUGGCCUUUCUGGACCAGCGGGCAUCCCUGACCCAAGCACAAUCCAGCAGGACAGAGACAAGGGUGCGAAAUUCAGUGCAGCUGAGCAGCAGGAUGGCCAGUGUAACCCAGCGGCAUCGGGAAGUGUAAAUGCCCUUGGAGCAUGGACAUGUCCUUUGGGACUUGGCAGCUGGUGAAGGAGACAGCCAGAAUGUGAGUCUGUGGACUGGGAUUGCUCCCUCUCCGCUGGCUAAUUCUCUCUGAUUACUCUAGGGGACCCAGAAUAGGAUGGAUGAUGGACCUGUGAGGGGAGGUGCCGUGGGCGUCGACACCAGUCUCCAUGGAGCCUUCACUCCCUACACAGUGGGCGUGGAAUUCCUCCAGGCCGGGAAGACUGCUCCAUACGUCCCAGAGCACCAUGCAUCCCAAUUCCACCCUGGACACCAAGACCAGGGACGUGGCCUCAGAAUCCAUUGGGCUCUUCUUCAUGCUCUUGAUUGACCUGACGGCCAUCGUGGGCAAUGUGGCUGUGAUGACCGUCAUCAUCAAGACACCAGCACUGAGGAAGUUUGUCUUUGUUUUCCACCUCUGUCUGGUGGACCUCUUGGCAGCCCUGACCCUCAUGCCUUUGGCCAUACUGUCAAGCUCCGCCUUCUUCAACAGCACCAUCUUCGGCGAGGCCAUGUGCCGUGUCUACCUCUUCCUGAGCGUCUGCUUCAUCAGCAUGUGCAUCCUCUCCAUCUCGGCCAUUAACGUGGAGCGCUACUACUAUGUGGUGCACCCCAUGCGCUAUGAGGUCAAGAUGACCGUUGGCCUGGUGGUCUGUGUCCUGGUGGGGGUGUGGAUCAAGGCGGUGGUCAUGUCUGUCAUCCCUGUCCUGGGCUGGCUCUCCCUGGAUCGUUUCAGUGCCUCCCCAGCCUACAGCGGCCGGAGCUGCUCACUGCAGUGGAGCCAGAGCUCCUACUGCAAGUUCUUCGUGGUUUUCUUUGCCAUCUUCUACUUCCUCCUGCCCGUCCUGAUCAUCCUAGUGGUCUACUGUAGCAUGUUCAAGGUGGCCAGGGUGGCUGCCAUGCACCAUGGCCCACUCCCCACCUGGAUGGAUACGCCGCGGCAGCGAUCAGAAUCCCUCAGUAGCAGGUCCACCAUGGUGACCAACUCGGGUGCCCCUCGGACUACCCCUCAGAGGACGUUUGGGGGUGGGAAGGCUGCUAUCAUUCUCCUAGCAGUUGGAGGGCAGUUCCUCUUCUGCUGGAUGCCCUAUUUCUCCUUCCAUCUCUAUUCGGCGCUGAGCUCUCAGUCCUUCCCUGGCCGGCAGGUGGAGAGUGUAGUCACCUGGAUUGGCUACUUUUGCUUCACUUCCAACCCUUUCUUCUAUGGGUGCCUCAACCGGCAGAUCCGUGGGGAGCUCAGCAGGCACCUCACCUGCUUCUUCAAGCAGCCGCCAGAAGAGGACCUCCGGCUGCCCAGCCGCGAAGGGUCCAUUGAGGAGAACUUCUUGCAGUUCCUGCAGGGGACUGGCUGCAACACAGAGAGCAGGAAUGUUCUUGCCCACCCCUCUCCCAAAAGGGAGCCGCCCGGCAUCGAUUUCCGAAUCCCCGGGCAGAUUGCGGAGGAGACCUCGGAGUUCCUUGACCAGCACAUCACAGUCUCUGACAGCUACAUCCGGGCCGUGCCCAAGCCCGAGCCGUAGCAGACCUUUGCACUUGACAACCUAGUCUUUCUGAUGUGUGGAAUAAUGUGGAACCCAGCUGUUGACAGGGCAUGAUUUCCUAAUAAACACAACCGUGGCAACUGACGUGUCCUCCCUCCACCUGAGCGCCCACGCUGACAAGCAGCUGGUUCUGGUGGCUGAGUCAUUUUGGCUGGCUAAGAUCAAUAUCGUAGCAUUUCUAUGAUUUGUCCUUUUUCCACUAAGAGCAGAAACAGCCUCCUUGUGUUAAA